AAGACAACCGCAAAGACAGAGACAACACAACCACCUAAAUCCACCACAAGUCCAGUUACAAAGUCUACUACAGUUGUUGGUGAAACUACGACCACAACAUCAAGCACUACAACAGAAGGUCCAAUCACAGAAUCGAAAAAAACUACAACUGCUGUUUCAAAACCUUCAGUUGUGAACACAACAACUGUUACGAUCUUCACUAAAACUACACCAACAACAGGUACAACUUCCAUUGGGCCAUUGACAGAGACACUUCCAGGCACCACAAAUGUUGUCACUACCUUACCAGCCGGAACCACAGUUGUAUCUACAACAUUAUGUGUCUGUAUUCAUAAUGGAACUACGUAUCAUCCUGGGGACAUGUUAUACAACCGCACUGAUGGCCUGGGGUGGUGUUACACUGUAUAUUGCAAUGUAAGUUGUCAAAUUGAGACCAAGACCAAUCCAUGUGCAACACCAUCUACAACUGUUCCUGUCUCUCCUACCACUCCAUCAACAACCCCAUCUACAACUAUCGUGGACUGCAGUCAUUUGGUUCCACCACGACAGAAUGGAGACACCUGGCAGGUCGACAACUGCACCACAGCUACCUGUAUCGAUGGCAAAGUCGUGGAGACACCUCAUGUCUGUGCCACAGAAAAACCAGUCAUCUGUGCCAAUGGACGCACACCUGUCAAAGUCUAUGAUGAUGACGGAUGCUGUUCCCACGAUGAAUGUGAAUGUGUGUGCAGUGUCUGGUCUGAAAACCACUACAAGACAUUCGACGGAAAAUCAUACGAUUUCUACGAGAACUGCUCCUACUAUCUGGUCAAAGAGAUUAUACCCAAAUAUAACCUGACUAUUAUAUUAAAUAACCGUGAGUGUAGCCCUUCAGACAGCUCUUUCUGUCCCAAGUCUCUCACUAUUACAUACGAAUCCUAUACGGUGGUGUUGACUCAGUUGAAGAUUGGAGAAACAGUAACUUUUGCGGUGUAUGUGAAUCAGAAACGUGUCUAUCCUGCCUACAGCAAUUCUGCCCUACGCAUCACCGGCACAGAUAUGGCGGUCACAUUGAAUAUACCGGAAAUCAACACAGAAGUGAUCUAUAGGGAAUCCUCAUUCAGCAUUGAGAUUCCUAAUUCCCUCUUUGGCGGCAAAACUGAGGGACAGUGUGGAACCUGUGACAACUCCCAGACAAACGACUGUCGUUCUCCAAAUGGCCAGGUGGAAAGCUGCUCAGACUCUGCAGGCCAGUGGCACGUCCCAGGUACACCCUGUGUCGCCCCAACAACCCCACCAACGACUACGUCAGCACCCGGGACCACCCCAAAACGUCCACAAACGACAACACCGUCCCCUUGCAGACCUGCCAUUUGUGAUAUCCUAACUGGCAGUGUUUUUGAGAAGUGCCACUCAGUUAUAUCCCCAGGAGAUUUUGUGAAAUCCUGUGUGUCUGACAAUUGCAACUAUGAAAACAAAACCUGCACCAGCCUGGAGGCUUAUGCCGCUGAGUGUUCUAAUGCAGGAGUCUGUAUCGACUGGAGGAAUGCUACUAACGGGCAGUGUGAGCACAAGUGUCCAGAUAACAAAGUGUACAGGGCCUGUGGACCUGAUGUAGAGCCUACUUGCAAUGACAGAUAUAACCAAAGGUUCCAGGCAAAUGACAGCACUAACUACAAUAAGGAGGGUUGCUUCUGUCCUCAUGGCACCACAAAGUUCAACACAGUCUAUGACACAUGUGUUACCUCCUGCGAUUGUGUUGGACCUAAUGGAAAACCCAAACUGCCUGGUGAAACAUGGGUAAGUGACUGCCACAACUGUGUGUGUGACAAGGAUUCAAUGAGCAUCCAGUGCGAGCCUAUUAAGUGCACAGAAGAAGAGACCAACGACUGCAGCGAACCUGGUCAGGAGAUGGUCAACGUGACAGAGGGAUGCUGCACAAAACGUAGAUGUGAAUGCAACGUCAACCUGUGUCCCAAAGCUCCCACUUGCGACUUGGGCUUCGAACUCAACACCACCAAUGACGGCGUCUGUUGCCAAUCCUUCGAGUGCGUUCCUAAAGGUGUAUGUGUCUACGACAUGACUGAGUACGAGCCUGGUGAGAAGAUACCCACUGAUGAAGAGCCAACAGAACAACCAGGAACAACAGCAGGGCCAUCAGGAACAACAAGAGCGCCAUCAGGAACACAAGGUCCAUCAGGAACACAAGGACCAUCAGGAACACAAGGACCAUCAGGAACAACAAGAGCACCAUCAGGAACACAGGGUCCAUCAGGAACGCAAGGACCAUCAGGAACACAAGGACCAUCAGGAACACAAGGCCCAUCAGGAACACAAGGACCAUCAGGAACACAAGGACCAUCAGGAACACAAGGUCCAUCAGGAACACAAGGACCAUCAGGAACACAGGGACCAUCCGGAACAACAAGAGCACCAUCAGGAACACAGGGACCAUCAGGAACACAAGGUCCACUGGGAACACAGGGUCCAUCAGGAACACAGGGACCAUCAGGUACACAAGGUCCAUCGGGAACACAGGGUCCAUCAGGAACACAGGGUCCAUCAGGAACACAGGGACCAUCAGGUACACAAGGACCAUCAGGAACACAGGGUCCAUCAGGAACACAAGGUCCAUCAGGAACACAAGGACCAUCAGGAACACAGGGACCAUCCGGAACAACAAGAGCACCAUCAGGAACACAGGGACCAUCAGGAACACAAGGUCCAUUGGGAACACGGGGACCCUCAGGAACAACAAGAACUCCAUCAGGAACAACAAGAGCACCUUUCAAACCUGGACCCUGCCAGGAGUGUUACUGUGGCCCCAAAAUGGAUCCUGUCACCAAACUCAACAUCAUUACCUGCACACCUAUUGUCUGCGACACAAAUUGCGCUGAUGGUUACGAAUAUGAGGCUGAUCCCAAAAAGUGCUGCGGAAAGUGUGUUCAGAAGAGCUGUAUUUUCACCACACCUGACAACACAAUGAAAGUCAUUGAGGUCAAUGGCACUUACGUUCCACCUGGUGACAAGUGUGUGAAAUACACCUGUGAGAAGAUCAAUGGACAGUUUUUCACCAAGGAAACCACGACCUCUUGUCCACACUAUGACCCCUCUGAGUGUGAACCUGGCACCGAGACAACUGACGCUAAUGGAUGCUGCAAGAGCUGCAAGCUGAAGAGCGUCUGUGAGGUCAAGAGUAAGGAGACAGUCAUCGAGGUGAACAACUGCAGGAGCCCGCAGCCCGUCAACAUGACGUCCUGCGCCGGACAAUGUGGAAGCUCGUCCAUAUACUCUGCAGCAGCUAACACCAUGAUGCACCAGUGCGAGUGUUGCCGAGAAGCCAAAACCAGUCAGAGGCAGGUGGAGCUGACCUGCGCCGACGGCUCCAAGGUCCAGCACAGCUACACCAUGGUGGAGACGUGCAGCUGCGCCAAAGCAGAGUGUGUGCCAGGAGUAACAUCCAAACCACAGCGCCGCAGGAGGCGUUGAUCCAUUACUCACUGCUUUAGAUGGGACUGAAACUUCACAUACACUUUGCAACACUUAACCUUAGCGCUUCCUAUUCAGGUUGUAUUAUUUAUAAACCAGCAUGUGCUCUUUUUCACCAUCACAAUAUAAUACUGUGAUGUAAACUUUCUUUGUCUGAGGAUUUCAGGGAUGAUAAUUAUUAAAGUUAUAUUUCUGCAACAUAAA